AUGACCUCUUACCUCCGUUAUAUCUUUGGUGGCCGCGACCGCGAGUCUCAUGGACAACAAUCGUCCAAGUCUCAUAGUCGCUCACGCUCGUCCGCUUCCUCCAACUACAUUUAUGCAAACGCUGGUAACAAUGCACCCGCCCCCGCUGCUCCUCGUCUCAAAACGAAACGCAGCAAUAGUUACUCUGCGCGCACCACAACGCCGUCCCCAUUGCGUUAUGCAACGUUCGAAGCUACUGGACAAGUGCCUAGCUCGUCCGGCGAUUCGAGGUAUGGGACACCGUCAAAAUCGCAUCUCUACAGGCGUGCCAGCUACAAGUCAUCGGAACACCUUCCACAUUACGGGAUGUAUACACCUUCGUCUCGUCCUUAUGGACCAUCGUCUCGAACCAAUUCAAGUUCCUCCCUCCUUCCGGGGAUGGCGCGGCCUGGGUCAUCCGGAAGUAGCUCUCAUCAUGUACGGUAUGAGAGGCGACCAUCACUUCGGCAAAACCCAGCAUGGCAUGGCAGCGUGUCGUCUGCGUCAGGAUCGAUUCACUCCUAUGCGGGAAGUGUGGAUCCACAUGGUGUGUAUGGUGUGCGCCCUUCUCUGCACGUGCAUCCACUCUUCGCGUCGACCCGGUUACAUAGCGCGCCUAUUUCUUAUGAUGUAUCAUAUACACCUUCCUCUCGCACCGUACUAGAUCGGACGACGCACAUGGCUGUACCGGCACACACGUUGGCUCAGCCCGCUACAGAUCCGCCCACUCCAAUAUCGACCCGGCUUACUCUACGCUCUGACAAGUUCCCUUGGCCUGUGGUCGUCGGCCCCUCGAGCUCGGGCUCAGGAGGUUCCAUAGGCUCCUCGUCUAGAUCUCGGUCCUCUAGUAUUACUAAUCUCGACCUUCUGUACGCACUGCAUGUGACUCUUCUCACCAGAGUUACUCCCCAGGAAUGGGAGGCCCUAGGACACGGCAGCCGGGCGCAACGUAAGGUAACCCGUGCUUACGAGAAAAGGUGCACCAAGAUGGGUGGAGGGUGGGAAGGUGGUGUUCGUCGCCUGGACUGGCUCCAUGGGAAAACGAGACUCGUAGGUAUCGAGGUGGAAAAGCACGGCAAUGGCGCCAACACCGGGAAGCUUAUUUUCGGCAAGGCGUAA